AUGUCUGCCACUGUAGCUACUGUGGCGUAUAUCCCACCACAUGCAACCGCUUCACCUUCAACUUUCACUGAUCGACCAACCAAUGUCAAUUAUGGUACUUCAACUGCUCAACCUGUACCUUAUCUUGAUGCUCAUGUCCUCAGUCCACCAUCUUGGAGAUACGCAUACAUCUUCUGGAUUGUCAUCAGUGUGGUGUUCGUUCUAUGGACAGUCUCACAUCAACUCACUAAAUACGCAACUCUACACACUAAACCUCAACCGACUCAAGCUCGAACUUCCAUCUUGACCCGAUUCUUUCGAUCCAUCUUAAUCAGACGUUUAAUACCCACUUCAGCUACUUCUGAUCAGCGUAGUAGAUGGUACGCUUCAACCUUGCUCACCUUUGGUCAACUUCUUACUCUCUUAGCCUUCUCCGGUAUCAUUCUAGCCGUCAGUUUGGUCGGUUUCGAUUACAUCAGUCCUACUACUUGUACUUGGGGUGGACCUUGUGCAGUCCAAGUCUUUCAUCAGGGGCCACCAAAGUCUACCUACACACCUCUCCGUUUAAGACGCAGGCAUCAGAAUCCUUCAUCGCCACCCUUACCUCAGCCCGCCGAAAAGUUCCUCAAAAUCCCACAACCUGAAAAAUACUCUUAUCAUGACCAUCAAGACUCAUAUUUUGGGGACGAGAAGGAUCAUGGGAUCGAGAAGCCUUUUCAACCCCAGGAUCAACUCGCUUUUCGUCGGCUUCUCCCUCGAGCAUCAGCUCUGAGCUUAAACCCGGGUGGAUGGGCUCCGUUUAACGACCCAUUACUAGCCGCUCCAAAUUAUGAUAUAGCACGUAACAUGUGGACAAUCUCCUCUAGAUUUGGUUUAAUUGCAUACGCUUUAUUGCCCUUUGUGGUCACACUUGGAUUGAAAGCAUGGCCAUUCAAUAUCUUCGCUACUCCUUGGCUUACGAAUUAUGGAUUUGAUAAAUCAGCAGUCAUUCAUCGUUGGAUUGGUCGUUUAAUUUGGAUUUGGAGUACAAUUCAUACCAUCACUUUUAGCAUACAACUUACUCGUGAUUAUAAUCCUUAUGGUAGGAUGAUAUUGACAGAUGUUUGGCAAUACUAUCGUUUCAAUUGGGGUGUAGUGGCCUAUAUAGCUCUGACUUUUAUAGUCGGACUCUCUUUUAACCCAUUUCGUGAUCGAUACUACGAGCUAUUCUACUGUUCACAUGUCAUCCUCUCUAUCCUUUGCCUAGUGGGCUGUAUCGUUCACUAUGAACCUCUAUGGGCUUGGUCAGUUAUAGCCCUCGGUCUCUGGGGUUCUGAACGUGCAGUUCGUCUUCUCAUCUGGUUUUGGGUCAAUGGUCUUUUCUCUGCCAAACUUGGCCCUCGUCACUUUUGGGCUGCUCAGCCAGCUCACCCUACUCAACUCACUCUUCAGAAUCCUACAAAUCAAAGCUCUCCCCGUAUCUCAUUGUUUGCAUAUGGGUUUGGUGAUCUUGAACCCACCCCUGCUCCGUAUUCCAACAAUUACCAUCCAGAAUCACCACGUCAAAUGUCUUUCAACUCAUCAAAUCCACCUCAAUUCCAAUCUGGACUUCAACCUAAGACGCCUACUAGCUACAUUCAGAUUCCUCCAGGAUUUGCACUUGCUCAAGUUUUACCGGGAGAGACUGUACGGCUUACACUGAACCCAAUCCAAUCAAAGAUGAGUUGGAAUGUAGGACAAUAUGUACUUGUCUGUUUACCCACUUUAGGAUGGUGGCAAACACAUCCAUAUACGAUUUCUAAUUCUUAUACAUUAUCUAAAGCCGAAGAGAAACCAGAAAUGGUUUUGAUUGUUAGGGCAAGAGGAGGAUUGACUAGAAGGUUAUAUGAUCAAUUGAUUAGUGCUCCGACUGGUAAAUCAUCAGAAACCAAUGGAGUUUUAAUGAGAUGUCAAAUCAGUCAACCUUUUGGAUCUUCUUCUAGAAUUGGUUGGAUUGGAUUUGAAAAUGUGAUUGUGAUUUGUGGUGGAAGUGGAAUUAGUUUUGGGAUUGGUCUUUUAGAAGAGCUUUGUGCUAGUUUAUCUGGGGUUGGACCGGUUUCUAAAAUCAGAAGGAUACGAUUUGUUUGGAUCCUUAGAGAUCAUGCACAUUUGAGUUGGGUCGCACCUGCUCUUCGGCGAUGUCUUUUGAUGGUAACACCUGAUCAAGUGAGGGUUGACUUAUAUGUUUCCUCAAGUAAUUCAAAAUCGAUCCAAAACUCAAACCCCACAGAAGAUCAAUCGAACAAAAAGCAACAGGUACAUGAAAAAGGAAUGUUUGAUGUAGGAGAAGAUGAUGAUCGAUUUUUGCUUGUUCCACCUAAUGUACCAUUCGGACAACAUUCAGAUAUCAGUCCAAGAUCAUCAGGUGAAUUAUCUAUAACUGAUAGAGCUUCAUCACCCACGCCAUCUUCUAGAGAAGAUUUAACUGAAUUUGAAGGAGAAAGACAAGUUAGAAGUGCAUUUGAUGAAAUGAUAUCUGAGAAUGUUAAAUCGAUUGGUAAACAAAGAAGAAGAAAUACGAUAUCUAAAAGACAUCAAAAUUUAAAUCCAAAUGAAAAUGACAGAAGUGAAUCUAGAGUAGGAUUAAUUAAAAAAGAAGAUCCACAUCAACAUCAACAUAAAAGGAUUAUUGGAAUUGAGAAUGGUGGAUUUGAUAUUAAUGAAAUUGAAAGAUUAGAUAUUGAAGAUUUAUCUGAAAUCGUUAGAGUUGGAAAAGUUGAUUUACGUGAGAUUUUAGGAAUGGAGAUUUCUAGAUCAGUUGGAAAAAGUAUUGUUGCUUGUUGUGGACCUAGUAGGUUGAGUGGGAUUGUUAGAGGUUUAGUAGCAGAUCGAGUUAAAGAUGGUAACCAAGUUGAGGUUUAUACUGAAGAUUUCUCAUAUUGAAUAAUUAAAAAAAUUGGAGAGAAGAGAAGGAUAUUUUAAGGAUCAUGGAUCUUGGUUUGGAUUUUUUCUCUCUCUUUUGUAAUCACAUCUUUGAUAUCAUACAAUACUCAUCAGCAUAUCUUUUUCAUUCUUAUCAUCAUCAUUAUUAUUAUUUUAUCUUGAUUGAUCUUAAAUUGUUUGUAGCCUUAGAAUAUAUGUAUGUAAAUUUUUUUGAUUAGAAGAGAUAAGAAGAAGAAAUAAAGUUGAUUUCAAGAAAAUCUUUCUUUUUCAAAAAAUGUUUUCUUUUUUUUUCUUCUUGAAAUUCUUAUCUUUUGACACAUUUUUAUUGUAUCUGUAGAUUCUAUUUAAUUAAUAAAGAGAAGAACAAUUUUGAAUUUUG